UCCCACCGCGCCUGCGCGAUGCGAGGAAGCGGAAAAGGAAGAAAGUGAAAGAAGAAAAAUAGAAUUUUCUUAAAAAUGAAGAGGAAAGAGACGAUUCGGGGGAGGGGGUCGCGGAUGGUCUCGCGGACGAAUGAACUGGGCCUUCCCCUCCCCCCGACUAGGCCCUCAGGAGGAGUUGGACUACAACGCCCAGAAUCCACAGCCCGCUGGAGGAAGGUUUGGGGAGUUACACUGCAAUGCAUCACCCCCUGGAAGGGGCUGCUCCCCAAGGAUGGGGAUGCUCAGAUGCCUUUGAGUCCCAGCGGGGUGAUUUGCACAAAUACACAAAAAGACUAUAAAGGGCUUGGAUAACCUCGGGAUGGGAGACCACGAGGAAAUCCUGCAAAAGAGAAAGGAUGGCAGCCUGUUCAUGCCUGAGGAGCGUGUUCGAAUUCGAAACCAACAAAGUGGUGCGCAUCUACAGUGUUUGGUACGGGAGCCUAAAGUGGAUAAUCCAUUUUAUGGUUUUCCUGUAUGUUAGCAUCGUCCUGUUGGCUGAUCGACGCUACCAGAAGAAAGAUUCGGUCAUCAGCUCAAUGCAUGUGAAGGUGAAGGGGGUGUCCCAGACUGAGAACAGAGUUUGGGAUACAGCCGAAUAUACCAUCCCUGGGCAGGGUGUGAAUUCCUUUUUUGUGCUGACUAACAUCAUUACGACCGAAAAUCAGACUCAAGGACUUUGCCCCGAGUUUCCUUUUGCCAAAGCAGUGUGUACAACCGACAAAAGCUGCACGAAAGGUCGAGUGGACCCACAGGGUAACGGCAUCCAGACGGGCAAGUGUGUGAAAUAUAACAGAACCAUCAACACAUGUGAAGUCUCCGCUUGGUGUCCUGUAGAGUCAUCUAAAGCCGCUCCAACGCCAGCCAUUCUGGACAGUGCUGAGAAUUUCACCGUGCUUAUAAAAAACAACAUCCACUUCCCAAAAUUCGAUUAUACAACAACAAAUAUUCCACCGAAAUUUAAUGUUUCCUGUACAUACAACAAGCACAAAGCCCCACUUUGCCCCAUUUUCCGUCUGAGGGACAUUCUUCAAGAGGCAGGAGAGAAGUUUUCAGAGGUGGCCGUUCAGGGAGGCAUCAUUGGCAUUGAGAUUAACUGGGAUUGCAACCUAG